AUCGUAGUUUUGUAAUGAUUUUAUUAUGUUACAAUAACAAAGGGUUUUUGAGGGGAAAAACAGAUAGAAAACGUGGCUAAUAACUCCCACUGCAUUUCUAUAUUCGUUCCUCCUCCUCUUCGAGAAGUAAUACUUCCCUCGUUCCGCUAAAGAUUAGUAUUCCCUAAUGUGCUUUCAAUAUUUCAGUCCGUAAAAUUUACAUUUUUAUUUUGUUUGCAGCUCCACCACCAACUACUGCACGUGUUAGUACAUCGGGAGAGUUUACGACUGCCAUUCUGACGACGGGAGAUGCAACAUUAGCUCCAACAACAUCGGCUACUGAAGAACUGACGACAUUGAAUCCGACUACAGAAAAUCCAGCCACAGAUGAGCUUACAACAGUGGAAGCCACGACUGUUGACCCUACGACAAAUGAGCUGACCACAGCUGAACCCACCACUGUUGUAUCUACGACAGAUGAGAUUACCACAGUGGAUCUUACGACUCUGGAUCCUACAGAAGAAGACCCUUCUACAUCAACCACUGAUAUUGUCAUUCCCACCACCUUGAAUCCGAACACUAUCAGUACUUCCACAUUCGUACCUACUUCUGAACAAACAACUGAGGAUGCAACCACUAUCGAAGCAACCUCCCAGAGCGCCACCACAGCCCAGGUGACGACAGUGAAUACGCAGUCCACAGAAACUACAAUGGGGACACUCACGAAUACAGCAACAACCGCUGAAUUAACUUCUCAGAUCACUACUACAGGGAACGUGAUUACGGAUGACGUAUCUACAGUUCAGCUUACAACGAUAACUUCAGAAACUGGUCUUACCACGAGUGGCCAGGAGACGCCGGAAGCUACAGUAACAGGGGAAAUGACUUCCGUUGGUAUUCAGACAACAGAGUAUUUAACAGAAGCAACGGCAACUACAUACGAUGCAACCGAAUCAACCAUCACUACAGAGGAUACAACCGAAGUCACUGGCAAUACAGAAGAAUCUAUUAGUACAGAGGUUCAGUUAACCACUGAAUACACAGAACCAACAGAGGAGGUAUUAACCGAGGCGACAACCUCAACAACAGAAGACGUGACGGAUGGCUCCGAAACAUCACAACCACCUACAACUGAUACGACUUCUUUGGGGACAGAAGGGGAAGUGACAGAAGAGGAAGUGACAACGGAUUCUUCCACGACAUCUUCCAAUGGGCCAGGCAAUAACAAUACGCUAACGGAUGUCACCACUGGUCUCAUCAUAGGUCUUUCAUUAACCAUGGCACUUCUCCUGGUUCUUCUUGCAUUUACCCUUCUCUACUACUGUACCCAUCGAGAUCGGUACGGGGUCUCAGAAGAAACGAUGGAAAACGGGAACGCGACUCAGAUGAAUGCCAUGAAGCCCGGGACUUCACAGGUCUACGAGAAUCCAUACGUCACCGCACCUGCACCAAGCUCAGAAAGAUCUACCCAAACGUCUCUUAGUGCAAUAAAUGUUUAGUUGUAUCUUGGACAAUCGUCUGUUAUCCUACCACUAUCGUGAUUAGGUUGUUGGUGAUUAAAUUGGGAAGUACUGAAAUGCCUACCUUAAAAAAAAAUCAAAUCAGCUACGGUGCCUUUCAUUUGUUUUAUAAUUCAAGAUAUCCAUGAAAUUUUAAACAUAAACUAAUCGCAUCAUCGUAUUGGGUAGAUAACUUACAAUGUAUAAAAGACAAAAAAUAUGUAAUUUGACUUGAUGAUUUCACUUUUCUGCCAUGACAAUUGCAUCUUCAACGCAUCCUUAGAAACAAAUUGGAAAUUACAUGGUACUAUAUAAUAAUAGUUUCAGUUUCAUCUUACCUUCUUAGAAAGACCGUUAAUAAUAAGGGGCUACUCCGGCUAAAAACGAUUACAACUAAUGAACAUGAUCUCAUAUAGAAAGAGUAAAAAAGAAGAGUACAAAAGUAUUUACCAAGCAAAAUGCUGAAAAUG